CCAAUUUUGAACACGUCAAACUUCAAACGUCAAUGAAUGUCAACUCUGACAGAAAGACACAUGUACACCUACAAAAGAAAAAACAAAAAUAAAAGAAUUUAAUUACAAAAGUGUAACUUGAAAAAAAUAUCAUCAAUUACCCGCCAAGAAAGUCUAAAAAGGUGAUAAGACUUUUUCUAACCUAUAAAAAAAUGGAAGGGUCUUUACUUGAACCCACCCUUUACAUGGUUAAAGGAAUCGCAAUCCUCGACAAUGAUGGCAACAGAAUUUUGGCGAAGUACUACGACAAAAACGUGUUCCCCACGGCCAAAGAACAGAGAGCUUUUGAAAAGAAUCUGUUCAAUAAAACUCACAGGGCAAAUGCAGAAAUAAUAAUGUUGGAUGGGCUAACUUGUGUUUAUCGCAGUAACGUCGAUUUGUUUUUUUAUGUAAUGGGGAGUUCACAUGAAAACGAGCUAAUUCUGAUGAGCGUUUUGAACUGCCUUUAUGACUCUGUUAGCCAAAUUUUACGAAAAAAUGUGGAAAAGAGGGCCGUGUUGGAUUCGCUGGAUAUUGUCAUGUUGGCGAUGGACGAAAUUUGUGAUGGAGGUAUCAUAAUUGAUGCCGAUUCAAAUUCAGUGGUGUCACGGGUGGCGCUAAGAAAUGAUGACAUUCCAUUAGGGGAGCAGACAGUAGCCCAGGUAACUAAUGCGGUCCAUUCAAUAUUUUGGUAAUACAGUCGGCUAAAGAACAACUCAAGUGGUCUUUGCUUAAAUAAUAGUAUUAUAGAAUUUGCAUUAUACAAUAAAAAUGUACUAAUAACUAGAAA